GCAGACAGAGACACCAAUGGAGACGCACAUCAGACAACAACUUGUCAUUGAAGUUAGAAUCAUACAGUAGACAUUAGUCUGUUAGAAAGGUAAUCAUACAGCAGACAUUAGUCUGUUAGAAAGGUAAUCAUACAGUAGAAGUAAGUUAAUACUAUAAGUAAAAGUAAAAAUCAUAUAUAUUACAAUGAAAGGUCAGACAGUCUGAAUUAGUUGAUUCAUUGAUUGAUUGGGGUCAUCGUUGAUAUUCGGUACGGUUAGUUAAGAUGGCCGACUACGUCAACAAACAGGUGAUUGAAUUAAAAGAAGUUAAUCAAGAAUACCAGAAUAGAGCAACGAGGAGCGUGAAGACUGAGACCCAUCUCUCAGAUGAAAGACUAAGACUCUACAGGCUGGCUGCUGUGUGUUUAGGAGUGCUGUGUGUUCUACAAGUCACUCUCAACAUCUCCCUGAGACUGGCUUUCUAUAACAGAGGCAAUGAGACUGAAGAGAGAGACCAGCUACAGACCAGUUACAACACCCUGACUAUAGAGAGAGACCAGCUACAGAAGGAAAGAGAUGAUCUCAAGAGAAAGUGUUCUAUUCUGAAACAAACCUGUCCUGAAGGCUGGCAGAAGUUUGAAUCCAGUUGGUACUUCUUGUCUACUGUGAAAAAACCCUGGGGGGAAAGCAGGCAGGACUGUCUGAUGAGAGGAGCAGACCUGGUGAUCGUAAACAGUGAUAAGGAACAGGAGUUUCUCUUCAGCUUCAAUAAGAGAGCAUGGAUUGGUCUGACUGACUCUGUUACUGAGGGGACCUGGAAAUGGGUGGACGGCACCCCACUGACCACCCCAAGUUACUGGCACUCACAGCAGCCUGAUAAUGGUGGUGACAACCCAGCAAAUCGGAAGGAGGACUGUGUUGAGCUGAACACGGAAACAUGGCGUCCUGUAAAGGCAUGGAAUGACCUGUCAUGUUUACUCAAUCGUUACUGGAUUUGUGAGAAAGUGGUUUAACAUCACCAUGACAACAGAGGAGGCUGGUGGGAGGACGCGCACACAUACAGCACCUUACAGUGCACACAACUUCAUUCUCUCUCUCUCUAAGACACACACACACACACACACACACACACACCAACACACUGCUGGUACUGUACUGAGGGGCAAAACAACUUGAUAAUGGUGGAGUACCAAGAUAUAACUAGGACUGUGCUGAUGUUAAUAUUGGGUAUUCUGAACCUGUAUAUAAAUAUUAUGACAUAUCAUUUACCUCUCAACAUAACUGGAUUUGUGAAGAGUUAUACAGUAGCUCAUUAUAUAGUAGUGCUACAGUGCAAAUGCAUCUCUCUCUCUUGUUAAACAGUGUGUAGACAUACUGUCAUCUGUAAAAUGCUUGCUGGGCUUUAAACCCAGCAGGCCCGCCGGCUUUUGUUUUGUUUUUCUGUUUAUGGUGUGUGAAUAUUUUGUGGAUUUCAUUUUUCCGAACAGUUUUGUUGGACUGGGUCUUUAUGCACCCUUGUGUGUGUGGCGUGACCGUCUCUCUGUUUUUUGUAAAUAAACGAUGCACAUCUUUGUACUACCCUGCUCUCUGCGCCUGACUCCUCCACCCACUACUUCUAGAAGCCGUUACAGUCAUGCUUUAGCUAUAUUGUGUAAUUUUGGUAAUUUGUUCAUAAAGUAGCUUCCUGUUUAUCAGAAUUGAGAUGACAGCACUCUUGAGCAAACGGUCGCUGCCAACCCUAAAUCGGGGCGGGGGUUGGUUCUCAGAGUUCUAAUCGUAGUCAGUAGUGAUGUCGGAUGAUGUUUAUUCUGUUUGUAAUCAUAAUGUAGGAUUGUGUGUGUAUGUAUGCGUGUGUGUGUGUUCAGGCAGUUAACCCACUGUUCCUAGGCCGUCAUUGAAAAUAAGAAUUUGUUCUUAAAUGACUUGCCUAGUUAA